UGGAUCAGUAAAGGAAAAGUCUGUCCUUCGCAUCUUGCACUACCCAUUCGAGCCCCUCGUUCAGGUUACUGCCUGUCAUUGCACUGCAUGGGAAUAUUGUCCACUUGUGAGUCUUGAUCGCAUCAAGCUGUAGCGCCUAUCCUCCCGUAGAAACACAUCUCAGCAAAUUCAUAUUAUCAAUGUAAGUUAGACGACACAGGAAAGGAUCCAGGUCACACAUACCUCUCGAAUAUCAUCUUUGCCCAUGCCCCCUUCGACAUCGAUCUUGUUCAGAAAGACAAGCAAGCUAGCGCCCAUAAGUCGCUUUUUGAAUCUUUCGUCAGCUCCACCAAUCAAAUGUGUGUUCUGGAUAAAAAUUUUCGAACUUACCUCCUCUUGCAGAAGCCCAGCAAGUUCCUCUCUGCAGUCGUCGAUUCGGAGGCGAUCCGUGGCAUCAACCACCCAGAUCAAAGCGUCGGUUUUUUCGAAAUAAUUUCUCCAGUACGACCUCAAUGUCUUUUGCCCUCCAACAUCCCCUACAUGGGAAAAAAUAUGCCAGUUUUAGAGUUUCCAUUUUUUUUCAUCUUGUUUUUUUUCCCUUUUGGCUUGCUCGUAAGUUCAGGAUGAAAACUUACAUAUGUUUAACUUGUACCUAUUUUCGAUAGAACAGAUGGCCAGUCAGUCCACUUGGAGUUUAUUCAAGUAACCUGCUCAACAUGACAAACCACUAUACCUACCCUUGGAAAUCAAUAGAUUUGAUGAUAAAGCCCAGCGUUGGGCUAACAGUGGUGAUAUCCUCAUUCAUAAUCCUCUUGACAAUGGUUGUUUUGCCUGCAUUAUCAAGCCCUCUUCUGUCAAUCAGCGGCAAAGCUUCACAACCAUGGCAUAACCAAAGGGAAAAUGGACUUACAGCAUCAGGAUUCUCAUUUCCUUGUCCUUCAGCCUUGCCUUUCGCAAUAUAGAAAGCAUAUUGGCAUGCUUUUUGCAGGUGUCUCUGUCUAGCGUUUGGAUGUUGCAAGAGUCAAAGGGAUUUUUCACGGAGGUUUAUUUAUGUUCAAUUGAUGGCCUGUAUCUUUGUUUGGAUUUGUCUAGCAUAUUUCGUAUUUCGCCAUCUCCAGAGUGAUGCGUUUGCUCUCUAUGUCCUGCAGUGACACAGUCUACUCUUUCACAGUUUCAACCAGGCACCACCAGCCAUCGGAAAUACUCAUUCUUCCAUUGAGUUGAUAUUGUCACUUCAAAGAUAUUCCCCAGUGUCUUUCUUUCUAUUGAUACACACAGCUACACGAUCUUCCAACUUCUACAUUGGAUUCAUCAAAACAUCCAUCAUCCUUUAUCACUUCUUUCGCCGCUCAGGGAGUGAUUGUUAGCCAUUUGAGGCUGAUGACAGUUAGUGCAAGGCCCUCAGGGAGUAGAGGGUUUUGCCAUCUGAUUCCAGGGCCCUUGGGAUAAAGCAACCUGCCCAAGUGGAUAUCGUACUCUUCCUCGAGUAACCUACAUAAGCACCCAGACUUAGGAAGACGCGGCAACACAUCAACAAUGGAGGGACUCAGGAUGUCAAAUCACAGGGAUCACCUAUCAUCCGCUGAUGAAUGGAGUGAAAUGUUGACUUCAUUCAAAACAUUACAGGCCACUUCACAGUCAAGGUAUCAGGCAAUACGAUUAUCUCUCAAUGAGGCUCCUCGGGCUUUGUCCUCCAAGAAGGACUACACUGUUUUACAAACACCAACACAUCAAGAAAGUUCCAAUGUCGCCAUUGCCAACCCUCCCGAUAUUAAGACCCAAAACACUCCGGAGGCCUCUGCUGGGCUGCAAACACCUACCUCAAAGAGAUUAGAUACAUCUAGCCUAGCAAAGUCAAAUAUCGGAAUUGCCAACUCUGUCAUAGCAGUCAUACCCUUAAAAGUUGCGGCUGAGCAUGCCCAGGAAACUAUUCCCAAGAAGGAAGACGUGACAAGCUCCGGGCAUUUCUCCAGUCGACGCCAGUCACUUGUUCCGAAAAUCCAUCCUGCCUCUGACUCUGAUAUCAUUACUGAAGUGAAGAGAGCCAUCGCUACUCCCAAGAAGCGGGAUCAGGAUAUGGUAGUUCUAUCCCCUUCUCCCACAGACGGUUCCGAUAAAGUCCUGCUUCCACAGUACAAAAAGAAAUACACAGCAGGAUCACCUCUGGCCCGAGGUACCCCAGCUACUCCAUCAAAUAGGCAACAGCCUGCACUACCUGUCCAAAAUCCACACGAAAUUUCCAAUCAGAGGAGCUCGACCACGACCAACUGCCCUGACACCAGUCCCACGAAUAUAGCCAGCGGAACUGGCUUCCUUAGUGCUAGACGUGCUAUACAGAAAAUACCGACAUCUCAUGGACCCCCAAAACCUCCUCAGCUUGCGAACAUGAGGCGCAGGAAACCCAAAGUGAUUUUGAAUGCACCCAACGAGACUUCAAUAGGUCCUCUAAAGAAAACUGAAAUCGACGACAAACUGGAGCGCCUUCAGAGAGAAGGAAAACAGAAGAUUGGUCAGCAGCUCCGUGGCAUUGACCUCCACGCAGCUGAAGGGCCUUCGCCCCUUGACCGUGCGCGCCAGGGAGAGGGAAAUGAUCCAACAUCACCUGUCGCCAAGGAAAUUUCCCUUGCUCUUGCUAAGCGAGAUAUUGCAGCAUUAUCACCCUCUUUACAUGAUUCUCGGUCAGGUAAGAAUUCAUCCGGCGAUACAGGGCUAGAUAAUGGUGAUUCGUCCGAUAAAGCUGCAUAUCGUACCCCUUUCUCUGAACGUAAUUCAGAUUAUUCAGAGCAAAGGAAUAACCAUCACUCCAUGUCGGGGGGUGAUAAUCUUUCUAUGUCAGUAGUCGACUGGCAUCACCGCCCUUGGGACAGUCACUCAGGUCCGAAAUAUACCCAUAGGUUUAAAAAUUGGUUGAAGACAGUUGGAGAAUUGGAUCGCGUCUGGGUUGAUACAAACAGCCUAGAGUUCAACGAUGCAAACUAUCAUUCCAGUGGUGGACGUGGCACGUUUCACUCACCGGUAAAGUCACCUAUCACAUACCUUGAUCCGGCCGACCCACAAAGUGCUGCGCAUGCGCACGAGACGGCUAGUGGCUAUAUUCAUAAUUGGAAUUCUCAGCUGAAACGGGAACGACAAGAAGCUAAAUGGAAGAAAAAUCAGAUGGCUAUGCAAAUGCAGCUCAGUCAGCAAUGCCGCCAACCCCUUGCGAUAGAAAUGAAUCCGCACACGCCAAAGUUAAAUCUGUACUUGCGACCUAUAGAAACGAAGGAUAUCCCAGGGUUACUUAAGCUGUUCAAUUCGUACAUUCAAAACACUGUCCGCUGCGUCGACCUAGAGCCACUCUCUUUGGAAAGUUUGGAGGAGCGCAUUGCAGAAUGCGAGCGAGAGAAAUUCCCAGCCCUCGUCGCUGUUGAGCAGAAACCACGCCUAGGUCACGCCCUGAGUGGCGAGGAGGAAGAAAUAUUCGGUUGCAUUCUUGCAUGCGACUUCACAGGCCCAGCGACCAUCCAUCGCUACACUGCAGAGCUGGAACUAUUCGUUGACCCCAAAUACUGUCGCCUACGCGUUGGAAGUUGCCUCGUUGAUAAAUUACUGGAAAUCUGCGAUCCUGACUACUACCCCAACCAGGGAUAUCAUUUUGACUGCGCUGCAGCACAGGCUGACGUGUACCGUGCAGGUAAAAAUCGGCAAGUGGCCAGAUUAAUAUUCAUUUUACACCACGUUGCGGACAAUGAUGGCGAUUACCAAUGGACCAAGGAGUGGCUAGUGAGUAAAUUCGGGUUUGAGGAACAGGCCCUAUUGAAAGGCACUGGGCUUAAAGAGGGGAAAUUGUGAGAGAGCCCAUUUUCCACGAGAGUACUUAAUAUUUGACUUACAUGGCUGGACAUAAACGGUUCAGCUCCAUACGGACACGCAGCAUGCUAAUCUUUCCCCUUUUUUUGCCUUUUCUUUGGGAAUUUUCUAGGUUAAAUUCGAGCUAUCUGGUUCGCAGUAUCAGGUUUAUGCCCGAGGAGGCCUAGGUCCCGAAUUGUAACCUUCACUAAAAAGCAAAUCACUACGCUCACGGCUAAAACGAUUCGAUGAAACUUCAUUCUCGCGGUCUUCUUUUAACUAUCGUCUACGCUCUUACAGUUCAUGUCUCGUACUCCUAUAUGGCUCGUGGGUCCUGACCUCUGUUUGGAUCCCAUCGCGCUUGCCAGCCUACUGCGAAACAUACUUGUGUGGUUUUAUGUUACUUGAACAUUUGCGAUUUGGAAGUAUAUUUGUGUUAUUACUCUAUUCACAUCUCUUUAACCCGUCCCUGUCCCUGUCCUGUUUCUUCACAUUCCAAAAGAGUUCAGUUGAAGCAGCGGGGAGUUGGAAGGCGGAGAAGGAAAAUGUAGCCCGCCUGCUCAGUAUUACAAGGCUGGAACCAGGAUAAAAACAUGUGAUUACUUAGGAAAGAGAACUCAAAAAUUAGCGUCUUGUUUCAUCUUUUUUAAACUUCAUGUUGAAUCUUUCAAAUGUCAUUGGCGCUUAGCAAUGUUUGCAUUCAAUCGUGUUAGCACCCCCACAUAUUCCAAGGUUUCCUAUCACUAAAACUUUAUUCCGCCCUAUGGGAGCCGAGUCCUGACUCCUAAGUACACGUCUUCUUCAUGCCAAGAAUACUCAGAAGAGAAGUGGGGCGGAGGAGGGGGAGUUGGGGGGCCUGGACGCCCGGUAGGGGUCGGGCUGGGGGCAAAGAACCGGAAUCAUAACUGGAUAUAACUAGAAUGGUAAAAGAAAGAAAAUGGGCAUAGAAAAAGUAUCUAUGUUCUAAUUUAUUCUAUUCUUAACGAGUGACUCAAAUAUGCAAUCUAUCUGUGUCCUAUGCUAUUCAAUCCAUCCAUAAAUUCUGAGAAAAAGAGAAAAGAAAAGAACAGCAAGCCUCCUUGAUAUCCUCUCUCCCGUACACUAGAGCCAUCUAAUCCCCUUCUAUAUUUAAGAGGUAGAACAGUCGCAGCUGCAGCUGAGAGGCAGGCUGCCUGUAGCUC